AUGAGAGCGUGCUAUGUAACGAAAGAGGGGAGGGUAGAGAAGGCGCUCGGCUACAAGCUGGAGCGACCUGCAAAGGAGUUUAUGACAGUCGAAUCCUGUCGGCGAAUCGCGAUAGACAAGCACAUGGACGGCAGACAGAACAGGCAGCAAUGCGAGAUGGGAGAGUCGAAGUGUGAUCUAUGCGAGCGACACCCCGGUGGUACUAAGCAACAAGCCGUCGAAGAAGAGCAGGAAGAGCCAGAGGAGACGCAGGCCGACACUGCGGCAGUGGCAGCAGAGGAGCAGCGCAGAUGUAUAGAGCGAGCUAUAGUCGUUGAAGAGCAGAGGGUUGAGAUCCAGCAACGGCGAAGGACGGAACAAAAAGUAUAUGACCUGGAGCGGCUAGAGCAGCACUUCCAGCGCUGGAGCAAUGCGUGCGCCAUCUGCAUGGCCACUCAGGCUGACCCGGCGCGCCACGACUGGAAGGACUGUUCAAAGGCCAGCGGAGCGCAGAUGACAUUAAUGGAGUCUAAGGUGAAAUCUAUGCACCAAGUGAAGUGGGAGAAGUAUGCGCGGUGUUUUUACUGCUGGGCGCCCCAAGCCAUCUGCAACAAGUGGGAGGAAACAAGCAUACAGGGUGCGUUUAAGACACAAGGGAUGCAUGUGCCUUGCCAGUACGAUGGAGUGCUCCAGAGAGCAGUAGCUGCGCUGCUUGCCUGCCAGCCACUGAUGUGCACGCCAUGGCUGGAGCAGCAGAUGCAAGACGCCGCGAUUGUGCACGGUAGCGAUGAGCUCCGGCUUUACAAGUGGCUCGGAUUAAAGAUCAAGAUGGGCCAGAGAGACGUGAGCCAGAUGUGUCGUUUCCUAUAUGCUUGGGAGGAGGGGCAUGUGCAGUCGUAUUUAGCAGACUAG